GUGAAUGACAACUUGAAUCGCUGGGAUACCUUGUGUGAAGAUUUUCAAGGUGUGGUCAAGUGUUAACGUUGUUGCGCUGUGUUCAACAUGUGUGAUGAGGACAUUGUUGGGCUUGUCAUUGACAAUGGUUCUGGCAUGUGUAAAGCUGGAUUUGCAGGUGACGAUGCUCCAAGAUGUGUCUUCCCGUCCAUCGUAGGCCGACCUAGGCACCAGGGUGUGAUGGUUGGAAUGGGACAAAAAGACACCUACGUUGGAGAAGAGGCACAGUCCAAGAGAGGAAUUUUAUCACUGAAGUACCCGAUUGAACAUGGCAUCGUCACCAACUGGGAUGACAUGGAAAGAAUUUGGCACCACACCUUCUACAACGAGCUGCGCGUGGCACCAGAGGAACAUCCGGUCAUGAUGACCGAGGCGCCGAUGAACCCAAAGGUCAACCGGGAGAAAAUGCUUCAGAUCAUGUUCGAGACGUUCAACGCCCCGGCCUUCUACGUGGCCAUACAGGCUGUUCUCAGUCUCUACGCCUCGGGACGUACCACGGGGAUUGUGCUGGACUCUGGGGACGGGGUGACCCACACGGUGCCCAUCUAUGAGGGCUACGCUCUACCCCACGCCAUCCUGCGGAUAGACCUAGCUGGACGGGACCUGACUGAUUACAUGAUGAAGAUACUCACAGAACGCGGUUACAGCUUCACCACCUCGGCCGAGAGAGAAAUCGUGCGCGACAUCAAGGAGAAACUCUGCUACGUGGCGCUGGACUUUGAGGAGGACAUGAAGACGUCAGCCGUAUCUUCGGAGAUGGAGAAGAGCUACGAGCUGCCGGACGGUCAGGUCAUCACCGUGGGGAAUGAGAGAUUCAGGUGCCCAGAGGCGAUGUUCCAGCCCUCGUUUGUCGGCAUGGAACAGGCCGGCAUCCACGAGUCCGUCUACAACUCCAUCAACAAGUGCGACGUCGACAUCCGCAAGGACCUCUACAACAACAUCGUCCUGUCCGGCGGCACGACCAUGUACCCGGGGAUCGGCGACCGGAUGACCCACGAGGUCGGCGGCCUGGCGCCGGCGGCCAUCAAGGUCAAGGUCAUCGCCCCGCCGGAGCGGAAGUACUCGGUGUGGAUCGGCGGCUCCAUCCUGGCGUCGCUGUCGACCUUCCAGCAGAUGUGGAUCAGCAAGCAGGAGUACACGGAGUCCGGCCCGGUCAUCGUACACAGAAAAUGUUUCUAGUAGUUUUUUUGUUGUUUUUUUUAAAUUAUAACCUACGCCGCCCAUUCCAUUUUAACACAACCCUUUCCUGACAUUAGCGCCAUUUUUUGUAUACAAUCUCCGACCUCUCAUUUUACCAGCAACCCAUCAAUAUCUGCGCCCUUGCUAUAUUAGAAGCCCACCAUCUCCGUUUUCACUAUAUCUACCCCCACCCCUCCAACCACCUCCAUCCCUGCUAUGUUAGUU